UUCGGCUCACUGGCAUCAAUUUUCGGUCCACUUCCAUGAGUUCAUUCUGGUUUUUUAUGAUGCAUGUAGUAGAGGUUUAUAAGACUCUCUGUUUCAUAUGGAUAAGAGUACCACAGCUUAUUUAGCUCAAGAUCAUGAGGAUGUUCUCCCACAAAAUAAUAUUUACUUCAGAAGAAAUAACACCUUAUUUCUCAGAGUUAGUAUUUAUAAGAUCCUAAAUAUGUUGCCAUCUGCAAAUGCAUAUGCAUUACAUUGAAUGAGUCAUCCCUCGUAAUUAUCACAGCAAUUUCAUUAUGCAGCAAGGUGUAAACUCUUCUGCAAUAUGCUGUGGAAUACAGGUGGAGCUUGUGAUCCUUCCUCGUUCAAUUGUUAGUGAGAACCCACCAGAACAAAAGGACCAACAGCCUCCUCCACCACCUCCUCCACAAAAUCAGGGUUCUGGGGAGGAGCAAAAUGAAGAGGAAGAUCAAGAGGAUGAGAAUGAUGAAGAGAACGAACAGCAGCAAGAACAGAUACCUGAGGAGUUCAUUGUUGAUGCCGGAGGUGGUUUAGUUGAUGAGAAGCUCCUCUUCUUUGCUCAGCAAGCGCAGAGACGUCGAGGGAAGGCUGGUUGAGCAAAGAAUGUUGUAUUUUCUGAGGAUAGAGGCCGGUAUAUAAAGCCCAUGCUCGCAAAAGUUACUGGUGCGCCUAUUUAAUAUCUUAUGGAAAAUCUUGCUCUUUGCUAAGUUUGUAUGCAUGGUGCGGAAGCUUGCUUCGAGUUGGUUUUCUUCUCUGUACUCCUUAGUGGCUUAGUCUAAUUGCCAUCCACUGUUAAUUACCCGUUAAGUU